GAGAGAGAGAGAGACUGUGUUCUGAGAAAGAGGGAGAGAGCAGAAGGCAUUGUUUACUUAUGCAGCCCACUGUAGCUAGCUCAAACAAGGUGUGAGUGUGCACGCAAAACACACACGCACACACACACACACACGCACACACACACACGCUCAUUUUGGAGGGAAGGCUGGAGAUCCAGAGAGAAGGUAGAAGCUUUGCACUUUGCUCGGCAGAGAAGAAAGAGUCGUGGCCAGGUCUGUACAGGAGGAAGGAGCGAAAGAGGUAAAAGCAAAGGAACAGAUUGUUCUCUUGUUUCUUCGUCCUUUUUGUCCUCACUUUAUCCUUCACCGGGUUUUACGUCGAAGAAAGGAAAUCAGAGAAGAGCGUGGUGUUUUUUUUUUUGGAGACGGCAUCGCGCGACCUGUGCACACACACACACACCGCUACCUGUAGCGACCGAACCUGUGCUGAACGCGGACUCCUGCACCUGGAUACACGCACCUGUGUUUCCUCACCUGCUUAGUUGGAAAAUUUUUUUGUUUACACUUUUUUUUUUUCUUCUUCUUCUUCGAUUGGCAGCAGACUGGCUACGUCCUAGCAUGCCCUGAGCCCUCGGUGCGUUUCAAAGGGAUCUGGUUAUUCAUAUCAGGAACAAGUUGAACGCAAAAAAAAAAAAAAAAAAAGGAGGGAAAAGAGAUGGAGUACGGGCGGUUUGAGAGGGAGCCUUGUCUCUCUCCCGCUGCCUUCGUCAACCAAGUGCAGUAUUCCAACAUCCUGGAGGGCCGCUUCAAACAGCUGCAAGACGAGCGAGAGGCCGUACAGAAGAAGACCUUCACUAAGUGGGUGAACUCUCACCUGGGCCGUGUGACCUGCAGGAUCAGCGACCUGUACACAGACCUGCGGGAUGGACGCAUGCUCAUCCGCCUACUCGAGGUGCUCUCGUCUGAACAGCUGCCGAAGCCGACUAAAGGUCGGAUGAGGAUCCACUGUCUGGAGAACGUGGACAAAGCGCUGCAGUUCCUCAAGGAGCAAAAGGUCCAUCUGGAGAACAUGGGUUCUCACGACAUCGUCGACGGCAACCACCGCCUUACGCUCGGCCUCAUCUGGACCAUCAUCCUGCGCUUCCAGAUUCAGGACAUCAGCGUGGAGACGGAGGACAACAAGGAGAAGAAAUCUGCCAAAGACGCCUUACUGCUAUGGUGCCAGAUGAAGACAGCUGGGUACCCGAAUGUCAACGUGCACAAUUUCACCACCAGCUGGAGAGACGGCCUGGCGUUCAACGCCAUCGUGCACAAACACAGGCCGGAUCUGAUCGAGUUCGACACUCUGAAGCGCUCCAACGCUCACUACAACCUGCAGAACGCCUUCAACAUUGCAGAGAAGGAGAUGGGGCUUACCAAACUACUGGAUCCUGAGGACGUGAACGUGGAUCAGCCAGACGAGAAGUCGAUCAUCACGUAUGUGGCCACGUACUACCACUACUUCAGCAAGAUGAAGGCGCUCGCUGUGGAGGGCAAGAGAAUUGGCAAGGUUCUGGACUACGCGAUCGAGGCAGAUCAGCUGAUUGAGAAGUAUGAGACAUUGGCCUCUGAGCUGCUGCAGUGGAUCGAGCAGACCAUCGUUACACUGAACGACCGGCAGCUCGCCAACUCCCUGAGCGCCGUGCAGAACCAACUGCAGGCCUUCAACACCUACCGCACUGUGGAGAAACCACCCAAAUUCACAGAAAAAGGGAAUUUGGAGGUUCUCCUGUUCACAAUCCAGAGCAAAAUGAGGGCGAACAACCAGAAGGUCUACAUGCCUCGAGAAGGAAAACUCAUAUCUGACAUCAACAAGGCGUGGGAGCGGCUGGAGAAGGCGGAGCAUGAGCGCGAGCUGGCUCUGAGGAACGAGCUGAUUCGUCAGGAGAAGCUGGAGAUGCUGGCAGCGCGAUUCGACCGCAAAGCCGCCAUGAGGGAAACGUGGCUCAGCGAGAACCAGCGUCUCGUCUCGCAGGACAACUUCGGUUUCGAUCUCGGCGCCGUGGAAGCAGCGACACGCAAGCACGAAGCCAUCGAGACGGACAUCGGCGCGUACGGAGAACGGGUGGCUGCCGUGGAAGCCGUGGCUCGCGAGCUCGAAGCGGAGGCGUACCACGACGUGCGGCGAAUCCUGGCACGGCGGGACAACGUGCUGCGUCUCUGGGAGUACCUGAAGGAGCUGCUCACAGCCAGACGUGAAAGACUCGCGGCGCACCGGGACCUGCAGAGACUCCUACAGGAGAUGAGCUACAUCAUGGACUGGAUGGAAGACAUGAAGGGUCGUCUGCAGUCACAAGACAGUGGGAAACACCUUCAUGAUGUUGAGGACUUGCUGCAGAAACACACUCUGGUGGAGGCAGACAUAUCAGCACAGGCGGAGAGGAUUCGGGCGGUGCAGGCUGCUGCGAAUCGCUUCACCUCAGACGAAAUGAUCUAUAAGCCGUGUGAGCCGGCGUUGGUGGAGGAGAAGGUGGCGCUCCUGGGCCAGGCGUACGAAGAGCUGGGCAGACUGGCGGCCGAGCGACGGGCUCAGCUGGAGGAGUCGCGGCGUCUCUGGCAGCUGCUGUGGGAACUCGGGGAGGAGGCAGCAUGGAUGCGUGAGCAGGAGCAGAUCAUGGCAACAGAGGAGUGCGGGAAGGAUCUGUUCUCUGCCCUGCGCCUCCUGUCCAAACACGAGGCGUUCCGCGACGAGAUGGCCGCCCGCUACGGCCCGCUAGGGAACAGCAUCGCCUCCGGGGAGCAGCUGGUGAAGGAGGGGCACUGUGGAGCGCCCGAGAUCACAGAGAGGAUCAAAGAGAUCAGAGCUCAGUGGGACCGACUGGAGGAGGCCUCUCGUUUGCGCGAGCAGCGCCUGAAGGAGUCUGUAGCCUUCCACCAGUUCCAGACCGACGCCAACGAUAUGGAGGCGUGGCUUCAGGAAGCUCUCAGACAGGUGUCCAGUCAGGAGGUCGGCCAUGACGAGUAUUCCACACAGACGUUGGCACGGAAACAGAAGGAGGUAGAGGAGGAGAUCCAGAGCCAUCGGUCUCUCAUCGACUCGCUACACGAGCAGGCUCAAUCACUGCCUUCAGAUUACGCCCAGUCCCCACAGGUGGAGGGUCGUCUCCCUGCCAUAGAGCAACGCUAUGAGGAGCUGAAGGCUCUGUCCUCAGCACGACGCGAUGCCCUGGAGGGGGCGCUGGCACUGUACCGGAUGUACAGCGAAGCCGACGCCUGCAAACAAUGGAUCGGCGAGAAGGAGCAGUGGCUCCUCACCAUGGAGAUCCCGUCCAAACUGGAGGACCUGGAGGUGAUCCAGCAGAGGUUUGAGACUCUGGAGCCGGAGAUGAAUAACGUCGGAUCUCGUGUUGCUGAUGUGAACCAAGUCGCCGAGCAGCUUCUCAAAUCUGACAACUGCAACAAGGAGCAAAUUAACCAGACUCAGGACCAGCUCAAUGACAGGUGGCACGAGUUCCAGCGCCUGGCUAACGAGAGGAAGCAGGCUCUGGAAUCUGCACUGAACCUCCAGAACUACCAUCUGGAGUGCAAUGAGCUCCAGAGCUGGAUGAAGGAGAAGACUAAAGUGAUCGAGUCCACUCAGGGGCUCGGCAACGACCUGGCCGGGGUCAUGGCCUUGCAGCGGAAGCUCACGGGCAUGGAGAGAGACCUGGAGGCCAUACAGGGGAAGCUUGGCGGUCAGCGCGCCGAGGCCGAGAAGCUGGAGUCGGAGCACCCAGAGCAGGCUGAGGAGAUCCAGGCGCGACUGGCCGACAUGGAGGAGGUGUGGGAGGAGCUGUGCGGCACCAUGAAGAAGCGUGAGGAGAGUCUGGGAGAGGCCUCCAAGCUGCAGGGCUUUCUGCGCCACCUCGACGACUUCCAGGCCUGGCUCUCGCGCACUCAGACGGCCGUGGCGUCCGAGGACACGCCCACCUCACUCGCCGAGGCAGAACAACUCCUGGGUCAGCACGAAGCCAUCAAGAACGAGGUGGACAACUACCGCGAUGACUAUGAGAGGAUCAAGGCCACUGGCGCAGAGGUGACUCAGGGCCAGACGGAUGCUCAGCACAUGUUCCUGGCACAGCGGCUGCAGGCUCUGGACACGGGCUGGCAGGAUCUACGCAGGAUGUGGGAGAGCAGACAGUGCCUGCUGGCCCAGGCCUUCGACUUCCAGACCUUCCUCAGAGACGCCAAGCAGGCCGAGAGCUUCCUCAACAACCAGGAAUACGUUCUAUCACACACCGAGAUGCCCUCGAGUCUGGAAGGGGCGCUGGAGGCCAUCAAGAAGCACGAGGACUUCCUCACCACCAUGGAAGCCAGCGAGGAAAAGAUCAACGGCGUGGUGGAGUCGGGGCGGCGCCUCGUAUCCGACGGCAACGCCAGUGCCGACAAGAUCCAAGAGAAAGCCGAUUCCAUCGAGGAAAGGCACCAGAAGAACAAACAGGCUGCUAAUGAGUUGCUGGGUAAACUGAAGGAUAACAGAGAGCUACAGCACUUCCUCCAGGAUGGACAGGAGCUGUCUCUGUGGAUUAAUGAGAAGAUGCUGACAGCUCAAGACAUGACGUAUGAUGAGGCCAGGAACCUGCACAGCAAGUGGCAGAAACACCAAGCCUUCAUGGCUGAACUGGCCUCCAACAAGGACUGGCUGGACAAGAUCGAUAAGGAGGGUCAGGCUCUGGUGAAGGAGAAGCCUGAGCUGGAGGAGACGGUUUCUGAGACCCUGCGUGAGCUGCAGAAGCAGUGGGAGUUGUUGGAGACCACCACGCAGACCAAAGCACAAUGUCUGUUCGACGCCAACCGUGCCGAGCUCUUCACCCAGAGCUGCUCGGCUCUCGACACGUGGCUGCAGAACCUCUCCUCGCAGCUGCAGAGCGACGACUUCGGCAAGGACCUCACCAGCGUCAACAUCCUGCUCAAGAAACAUCAGAUGCUGGAGCACCAGAUGGAGGUGAGGGAGAAGGAGGUGCAGUCUCUGCAGUCGCAGGCUCUGGCUCUGACUCAGGAGGACGCAGGGAUCGCCGAGGUGGACGGGCAGCAGAGGAGAGUGAUGGACAACUUCUCUCAGCUCCAGGACCCUCUCCAACAGAGACGACAACAUCUGCUGGCGUCUAAAGAGGCCCACCAGUUCAACAGAGACCUAGAAGAUGAGAUAUUGUGGGUGAAGGAGAGAAUGCCGCUGGCUACAUCUACAGAUCACGGCAAAGACCUGCCCAGUGUUCAGCUGCUCAUAAAAAAGAACCAGACCCUGCAGAAGGAGAUUCAGGGCCACCAGCCUCGCAUCGACGACCUACAGACCCACAGGCACAACAUGGCCCCCGGCGGCGGGGCAGAGGUGGGCGGGGAGCGGCAGGCGGUGCUGGAGGAGCGUCUGAACGAGCUCAGGGAUCUGUGGGCACGGCUCAUCUCAGAGACCGAGCAGAGACACGCGCGCCUGGUGGAGGCCCAUCGCGCUCAGCAGUUCUACACAGACGCUGCUGAGGCCGAGGCCUGGAUGGGAGAGCAGGAGCUACACAUGAUGUCUGAAGAGAAGGCCAAGGACGAGCAGAGUGCCUUGGUGAUGGUAAAGAAGCACCAGAUCCUAGAGCAGGCGCUGGAGGAUUACGCUCAGACCAUCCAUCAGCUGGCCAAUAGCAGCAGACUCAUGGUGGACGGUGAACAUCCUGAGAGUGAGCGGAUCACGCUGAGACAGGCCCAGGUGGACAAGCUGUACGCCGGACUGAAGGACCUCGCGGAGGAGAGGAGGGGCAAACUGCAGGAGCGACUGCGUCUCACACAGCUGAAGAGAGAAGUGGACGACCUCGAGCAGUGGAUCGCUGAAAGGGAGGUGGUGGCCGGCUCACACGAACUCGGCCAGGACUACGAGCACGUCACUAUGCUGCGGGAUCGUUUCCGGGAGUUUGCGCGGGACACGAGUGCGAUCGGACAGGAGCGUGUGGACGCAGUGAACGCUCAGGCGGACACUCUGAUCGAGUCGGGACACCCAGAGAACGCCAGCGUGGCCGAGUGGAAGGACGGCCUGAACGAGGCCUGGGCCGACCUGCUGGAGCUCAUGGACACACGCACACAGAUGCUGGCCGCGUCGUACGAGCUGCAGCGCUUCCAGCAGGACGCCCGUGAGGCGCUGGCACGCGUCCGCAACAAAAGGGAAGCGCUGAACUCUGCCGAGCUGGGCCGCGACCUCAACACCGUACAGCACCUCCACCGGCAGCACACGGCCUACGAGCACGACGUGCACGCGCUCAGUGGACAGGUGACCCAGGUGCAGGACGACGCAGCACGUCUACAGAAGGCGUACGCAGGGGAGAAGGCAGACGACAUCCAUCGACAUGAACGCGCCGUCACCGAGGCGUGGGAGGGGCUUCUGGCUGCCACUCAAGCCAGACGGCUGCUGUUGUUGGACACGGUGGAGAAGUUCCGCUUCUUUAACAUGGUCCGAGACCUGAUGCUGUGGAUGGAUGGCAUUAACUUACAGAUACAGUCUCACGACAGCCCUCGGGACGUGUCCUCAGCCGGGCUCGUCAUUGCAAACCACCAGGACAUUAAAGCUGAGAUCGAGGCUCGAUCUGGCAGCUUCACCGCCUGCACCGACAUGGGACACGCCCUCAUCAACAACAACCACUACGCUUCAGACGAAAUCAGGGAGAAACUGCAGCAGCUUCAAGAGAAGAGAGAUGAAAUCAACCAGAAGUGGCAGGACAAAAUGGACCACUUGCAGAUAGUCCUGGAGGUGCUGCAGUUCAGCAGAGACGCCUCGGUGGCUGAGUCAUGGUUAGUGAGUCAGGAGCCGCUAGCACGCGCGGCCGAACUCGGCGCCAACGUGGACGAGGUGGAGAGCCUCAUUAAACGACACGAAGCCUUCGAGAAGCUCGCUGCUGGCUGGGAGGAGCGUUUCAUUCAGCUCGAGAAGCUCACCACGCUGGAGGAACAGGAGAUCCAGAGGAGGAAAGAAGAAGAGGAGAGAGCGCGGAGACCGCCGACGCCUCCCCCCGCAGAGGAAGUGGUGCAGUCUGAGGCCGAAUUCGAGUCUGGAGCAAGGACGAGUUUGGACCAGACCACACUGAACCAGUCAGUGUCUGUAAAUGGAGUCCACAGUGACCAGGACACGUCCCAGUCCUUAUCCGUGUCUGUAUCCGAGCUCCCAAACGCGGAACCCAAACCUCUUACAAAACAGCUCUCUAAUCCUCUGCCCAAACCCCACAAGGCACAUCAGCGUGGCUCAGAGGGAGAGUCGGUGAACGGCCCAGGUCAGGACAGCGGCUUGGACACGGCGUCGCGCCACGAGCCGUCAGGCACACUGCCCAGUCGGGUGGAUGCUACUACAGAGGCCAUGGAGGGAAUAUUGUGCAGGAAACACGAAAUGGAGAGUCAGGGCAAGAAGGCAGCCAACAGAUCGUGGCAGAAUGUGUACUGUGUGCUGAGGAAAGGAAGUCUGGGAUUCUAUAAGGACAACAAGAGCGCGUCUAACGGCAUCCCUUACCACGGAGAAGUUCCCAUCAGCCUCUCCGAGGCCACCUGUGAGAUCGCCCUCGACUACAAGAAGAGAAAACACGUCUUCAAACUGAAGCUAGGAGACGGAAAGGAGUUCCUGUUCCAAGCCAAGGACGAGGCUGAGAUGAGUUCCUGGAUUCGAUCGAUCCACUCCUCCAUGCCAGCGAGCAACGACGACGACAUGUCUCCGGCUCCGCCCCUGACACGGGCCAUGACGAUGCCCCCGAUGUCCCCGAGCGAGGGCGAGGGUGGAGGCGUGACCAUGCGCAACAAGGACGGCAAAGAGAAAGACAGAGAGAAACGCUUCAGCUUCUUCGGCAAGAAAAAGUAAAGAGAAAAAGAAAGGAGGGAAAAAGCUUCCUUUCAAAAAUCACACAAAACUGUCUUAGAGGAAGACGGCGCCCUCUACUGUCACACAGCUCAACACCUUUUACUUUUCCUGUCGCUGUCUCACUCACUGCCAUCCUCCUGCACCAUGUCCCCACCUCCCGAAGGACCACGGCUCGUCUGUUUCAGAACGUUUGAUCGUCCCCGAGUUUCAGGGCUUAGCAGCCUUUCCCACAAUGCAACGCUUCCAACCUUUUCUUCAUUCAUCCUUUCCAUUUGAUUUGCCGUUGUGAAGGACCAGAGUGACCUUUUUUCCCCUUCUUUCCUUUAUAAGGUUCUGAUGUUCACGUUCCUAGUUAAUAUAUCGGAUCGUCGUUAUUAUUUAACUAUCUGCCAUUCGUGACGAGAAAUAUAAAAAAAAAGAAAGAAAAAAGAAAAGAAUAAAGUGUAAGUCUAACAAGCAGCAAGUCGAGGUUUAGAGAGUGAGGGGAUGCGAACAAAAACCCUCCUGUUUCCACACACACAGAACCCAGAGCUCUAGUCCCUGAGGAUGAAGAGCUCUACAAUAGAACCCGGGUUCUAGAUUCUUACUAUCAAGGUUUCUUCUUCUUCUUUUUCUUUUUUUCCUUCUUUCGUGUGGAAGUGUGCAGGGGAAAUUAAAAACACAAGUUUUAUUCAAAAAUCUUAGUUGGGAUCCGUUUUCUAUCCCCAUCAUCGUCGUGUUAUUAUUAUUAUUAUUAUUAUUAUUAUUAUUAUUAUUUCUUUCUCAGCCAAACUUUGCCUUUAUUCCUCUUCUUCAGAUCAGAUCACACACUCGCACUAAAGCGCAAAGGCUCAUGGGACGGGAUGUUGUUUCUUUUUUUUUCUUGUUUUUUCUUUUUUUAGGCAUUCUGGGAAAUCACCAGGCCUUGUAAUAUUUGUCAAACGAAACACUGGACGAGAAAUUAAACUACUGUUGGUUUGGUUUUUUCCCCCUAA